GAUAUCAGUCAGUGCACAGCAGAUAUAAACAGCGCAGGUUAAUUGGCAAGCGAGGAACAAGAGAAGGAGGCGGCUGGCUGCGGAAACAUUUGAUCCGCGACAGGUUGGAAACUCAAGCAUCCUUCGGCGUAUAUAAGACGGAGCCAGCUGUCAGCCUUAUCUAUCUGCUGCUGCUGCUGCUGCUUUGAAGCUGAAGCCGGAGAGGACCCCAAACCAACAGCGGACCAACAUGUCGCUCACCUCCAUUCUUUCAGCUGAGGCCAUUAAAAAGGCUGUCAAGGACUGUGAAGCUCCGGACUCAUUCUGCUACAAAAAGUUCUUCCAGCUGUGUGGCCUGUCCUCAAAGACACCCCAGGAAGUCAAAGAUGUCUUCAAGAUCCUCGAUGAUGACAACAGCGGCUUCAUCGAGGAGUCUGAGAUCAAGUACUUCCUGCAGCGAUUUGUCCCCGGGGCGCGGACACUGACCGAGGCAGAAACCAAGAGUUUCAUAUCAGGGGCUGAUGAUGACAGUGACGGCAAAAUUGGAGCAGAGGAAUUCCAGAAUAUGGUACUGCCCUGAGUUUACAGACGAUAAGAGCUCAAGUCUUCAGGUCUUCAGUCCUCUCUCUGCACCUCAGGAG